AUGAAGGGGUGGUUCGACGGUUUCCGCGAGGAAGGCGGCCCGACCCUGUACGCUUAUCACAACCGCACCGCCGUCGCCGCUGACGUGCCCGCGGUCGCUCUGCUUGUAGCCGCCCUUACGUUAUACCUCGCGUUCCUUACUAUAUUCCCUGGUAUACGGAAGGAGCGUUUUUCCACGUUCACCAUCGUAACACUUAGCCUCUUCGUUGGUACUGUGAUUUUAGUAUGUAAGCACGGAUCCUCGUGGCACGUGGCAGGAGCGCGUGUAGCCCGCGCCGCUUACCGCGCCUUCUCAGCUGAGCGACUUGACUGCUGGCUCGCCGUCCACGUCGGCUUGGGACACGUCAAUGUCACUCUUAACGCAUUAUCGUGGGGUAACGUCUCGAAAGGCGAUCCAGGAAUCGAUUACAACGAACAGUUUCGAUGGGAAGAAGCUGGUGCUAUCCAGGAAUGGUAUCGAGCGGGUUUAUUACGAGGUCUACCAUACCCCGUACUGUCUGUAGCUGAACAUUUUGCAGCCGAACACGAGGGAUUCGAAUGGGGUGCUAAGUAUAGAGCCGCUGGUUACACUACCGCCACGCUUCUUUGGACGGCGCUGGCGUUAUGGUUAUUGAUGAACCUCCUGCUAGUUGUGGUACCACGUUAUGGUGCAUACGCGAUGGCCUCUCUGGGAGUAACGCUAUGUGCUGCGGCCGGCGGAUACUGGGCGUCAUUACCACACGCGCCGCUGGUCGUACGAUUGGAUGGAGCCAUGCUAUUCUUCUCGAUGGGCUGGUGUUUCUGGCUAGUCCUGAUCGCUGGUGCCAUAUGUCUGGUUGUGGGUCUACUUAUAGCAGCGCUGGACUUGGUGUGGCCUCACAGAUUUUCGACUGUACUUGAAGUAGAUUACGACACACCAUAUGACAGACACGUCCUCAUAGUGGACAGCCGACAAAGAGCUCGUCCACAAACACAGAGCUCCUUGCCAUCCAGAAUACUGAGGCGGUUAUCAUCAAAGACCCGAGAUCCAGAACGUCAGGUGUCAAUGUCAGUUGUAAAUGAAAGUUCUGGUCGGGACAACCCCGCUUACCAACACGAACAGAGAAAACCUAACUCGCCGUGGAGGUAUCCACUGUUUAGACGGCAGAUUAAUAGAGUUGACUCUGCCUCAAGUAUGGGAUCAAGCAUAAAUGGUAACAGUUCCGGAAUAAAGAUGUCUCCACUAGUAGGUGGACCUUCAUCGAACACAAUUUCAACGACCCCACAGAGAUACCGUCCACAAAUACCAGCAGCGGAAAGAGUUAAAGACAUGUGGUGA